AUGGACAACCGGCCUGCCUCCGAGUACGCACAGUCAGACCAGACUUCGACUGCUGCCAGUGCUCACUACUCUCACAACCACACCCCGCAACCCGAGGCUCGUCCACCCCAGUACACGCCACAACCUGACGUGCGACCUCCCACUCUUCCAGCCGCGAACACCCCUCAGUCCGAUUACGGCUUGAAUCCCCCACCGACUCGUUCGCCCGCCUACCAGGAUUACCUCCCUCGUCCUCAGUCCUACACGCCUAAUACCCAACCCGGCGGUGUUCCCAGUAUGGCUCAAGCAUCAAAUCCUUCGCUACCGGCCAACAGCCCCACCUAUCCUCCUCCUUACUCCCCCUAUCAGCCCCAGGGACACGACAUGCAGUAUCAAAGCCACCCGCCGCCUCCACAUCAGAUGUACGCGCGCCCGGAAUGGCCCGGCUAUGGUGGGCAUUCACAUGGGUUACCGGGUCCUUAUAGUUCUCCUGCUACAACGGUCUACUCUUUUGUUCCUAUUCCUGGUGCUCAGCAACACAAGCGUCCUCGUCGCCGAUACGAGGAGAUUGAGCGCAUGUAUAAGUGUGGUUGGAAUGGGUGUGAGAAGGCCUAUGGUACUUUGAAUCACUUGAACGCACACGUGACGAUGCAAUCGCACGGCGCGAAACGUACGCCAGAAGAAUUCAAGGAAAUUCGCAAGGAAUGGAAGGCUCGCAAGAAGGAGGAAGAUACACAGCGCAAGGCUGCCGAGGAGCGUGAGCGUGCUGCCGCCCAGGCACAGGCCAGCCAUGUCGACGCCCCCGGUGGUCCUUCCGACCCUCAGGCUGCACAGCCCUCCGCCUACGGUGGUGGUGUCCGCCCUCAACUGCCUCCCAUCGGUUACCAACCUGCGGACAGCCAAGUCCCUGGUCAAUAUGGCGGCCCUGGUGGUGGCCUGGUCUACCAGAGCAACGGACAGAUGGGCUACCCUCCUAACUACCCACACUCUCCGUACCCCAACGGCCACGUCUACCAGUCACGUGAGUAA